AUGUUGUUCGCCGGAAUCCUAUCUAUUGCUGCCGUCGCGGUGUCCGCGGCGCCGCUUGAGAACAGGGCUGAGACGAUCGUUUUGCCGUUGAAGAAACACUCCAACGUCACGUCGAUCAACAACAUUGUCCAGAAGGGUCAUGCUCGCAUCAGCGCGAUCAACGGCGAGCAGUCCGCCCCUGCGACCCGUGCCGCUGAUGCCAGCUCUGGCACGGUCACCAACGAGGACGUCAGCUAUGUCGCCCCUGUCUCGAUCGGUGGCACGUCUUAUGAUCUCAUUGUCGACACUGGAUCUUCAAACACCUGGUGCGGUGCUCAAAGCUCCUGCGAGAAAAGUUCGACCGGCAAGUCUACGGGCGGUACAGUCUCUGUCAGCUACGGCAGUGGCUCGUUCUCUGGCACCGAGUACACAGACACGGUCAGCUUCGGCGGCCUCACUGUUUCAUCCCAGUCGAUCGGCGCCGCUUCCACCUCCUCGGGCUUCUCCGGUGUAGACGGCAUCAUCGGUUUUGGCCCGGUCGGUCUGACCGAGGGUACCGUGUCGAACGCCAACACCGUCCCGACUUUCUUGGAUAACCUUAAGAGUCAGGGGUCCAUUUCGACGGAAGCCCUCGGUGUUUACUUCAAGCCGGAGUCCGGAAGCGACACCGACGAUGCAAACGGCGAGCUCACCCUCGGCGGCACCGACACUUCGAAAUACACUGGCACGCUCACCUACUUUUCGAAGCUUACGAGCGGAACUGCUUCGGCAUACUGGGGCAUCUCCAUUGCCAAAUUCACGUACGGCUCGACGACACUUGCGUCGAGUGCCUCAGGCAUUGUCGACACUGGCACCACACUGAUCUAUAUCCCAAGCGCGGCCUACUCCAAGUUUCUCUCCGCCACCGGUGGCUCGACCGACAGCUCAUCUGGGCUUGCUGUCUUCAGCACAAAGCCGACUUCGAACUUUGGCAUCACAUUUGGCUCCACGACUUACACUCUUACGCCAGCGCAAUAUCUGGUUCCAACCGCCCAGUAUAGCGUCUUUGGUCUGACUUCCGGCAAGUACUACGCCUGGAUCAACGAUGGUGGCAGUUCAGGUGUCAACACCAUCAUUGGCCAAAAGUUCCUGGAAAACUACUACUCCGUCUACGAUACUACAAACUCGCGCAUCGGCUUCGCCACUGCUGCCUAG